UGGGAGUGCAGAUUUGAUUAUUUUUUGAAACAUUUCCAAAAGGGAAUAUAUAGGAGGGUUGGAGAACACAAUGGCAUACAUGGAGUCAGAAGCUGCAGGCACUUCUUCAGGAACAUGUCAUCAGGACAGCUACAUGUUCCGCCCCCUUCUGGAGAAGCAGGGCUCCAGGCCCUCAGACAGGCAGACUCCUUACAACCCAACCAUCAGCCGUUCAGCUUCCUGGAGCUCCUCACUUGGCGACGGUUCUGCCUCUGGAGACUCGGAGACGGAAACCGAACAGCACUCCAGCAUGCACACCAGCAUCAGCGAGAUCCUGAAGGAGAAGAGCCUGAAGCCGUCUCGCCGCAGCCUCCCCUGCCUGGCUCAGAGUCAGACGCAUCCCAUCAACCUCAACCACUUCCUGUCUGUGCCUCUGAGCCCAGAUCCCAAACCAGAAGUCGAGGAGCUGACUCAGAGCAUCAGCACAUCCUGCAGCCUUCUGCCGCCACAGACAGCAGAAGAAGCCAAAGACAGCUAUCUGGAGGAGACUGAAGUGAGCACAUGUAAAACAAGAGUAGACCCGGCAUUUCUUCUGCAAAAGCCUAUCAGCCGGGCUAAAUUGGAGACCCGUGCAGACUCUCUUCAGGGAAAAAAGCAGUCGGACUCAUCUGGGCUGUUUUUCCGAGAUGGAAAAAAGAGAAUCGAUUACAUCUUGGUCUAUAAGAAGUCCAGCCCGCAGGUGGAGAAAAGGUGCACGUUUGAGAAGAAUUUACGAGCCGAGGGCCUCAUGCUGGAGAAGGAGCCCUCUCUGACGAACAACGACAUCAUGUUUGUGAAGGUCCAUGCCACCUGGGACACGCUCUGCAAGUAUGCAGAGCAGAUGAACAUUCGUAUGCCUUUCAGAAAAAAAUGCUACUUCACCGACUGGAAGAGCAGAACCCUGGGCAGCAGGUUUCAUCUGAGGUGUCAGCAGAUAAAAAGCUGGCUCCCUCGAAAUCCCAUGAAGCUGGACAAAGAGGCGCUGCCCGACCUGGAGGAGACUGACUGCUACACGGCUCCCUUCAGCAGGGCGCGCAUGCACCAUUUCAUUGUCAACAACAGAGAGACGUUCUUCUCGAAUUCCACCCGCAGCAGAAUAGUCCAUCACGUCCUGCAGCGCACCAAGUACGAAGACGGAAAAUCCAAGAUGGGCAUCAACCGCUUGCUGGGCAACAGCACAUACGAGGCGGCAUUUCCCCCGCACGAGGGCGGUUACAAGAGCAGACAUCCAAUUAAAACGCACGGCGCCCAGAACCACAGGCAUCUUCUGUAUGAGCGCUGGGCCCGCUGGGGGAUCUGGUACAAAUACCAGCCUCUGGACCUCAUCAGGCGGUACUUUGGAGAGAAAAUCGGCCUUUAUUUCGCGUGGUUGGGCUGGUACACUGGCAUGUUAAUCCCUGCAGCCCUCGUCGGUGUUUUUGUCUUCCUGUAUGGGUUCUUCACGAUGGACUCAAGUCAAGUGAGUAAGGAGAUCUGUGAAGCCAACACAACCGUCAUGUGUCCCAUGUGUGAGGAAACCUGCAAGCCAUGGACGCUGAGUGACAGCUGCAUCUUCGCAAAGGUAACCCGUCUGUUCGACAACGGCGGCACUGUGUUCUUUGCCAUCUUCAUGGCAAUUUGGGCGACCGUAUUCCUGGAGUUCUGGAAGAGGAGGAGGGCAGAACUGACGUACGACUGGGAUCUCAUCGACUGGGAAGAAGAGGAGGAGGAGCUGAGGCCUCAGUUUGAAGCCAAAUACUCCAGAGUGGAGAGGGUUAACCCCAUCUCUGGAAAACCCGAGCCCUUCCAGCCCUUCUCAGACAAACUCAGUCGGCUCAUGGUGUCUGUGUCUGGAAUAUUCUUCAUGAUUUCCCUCGUUCUGACCGCCGUGUUUGCCGUCGUGGUUUUCCGUCUCAUUGCGAUGGAGAAGUUCGCCUCCUUCAACUGGGACUUUGUCCAGAAGAACUGGCAGUUCGCCACGUCUGGCACCGGCGUCUGCAUCAACUUCAUGAUAAUCAUGUCUCUUAAUGUGGUUUAUGAAAAGGUGGCCUACCUGUUGACUAAUUUAGAGCACCCACGCACGGAGUCUGAGUGGGAGAACAGCUUUGCUCUGAAGAUGUUUCUCUUCCAGUUUGUGAAUUUAAACAGCUCCACGUUUUACAUCGCUUUCUUCCUCGGAAGGUUUGCCGGCAGGCCUGGAAGCUACAAUAAGCUGUUUAAUCGAUGGAGGCUGGAGGAGUGUCACCCCAGUGGCUGUUUGAUUGAUCUGUGUCUGCAAAUGGGAGUCAUCAUGAUCUUCAAACAAAUCUGGAACAACUUCAUGGAGCUCGGAUAUCCCUUGCUGCAGAACUGGUGGUCUCGCAGGAAGAUGAAGAAAGGAGGAGGAGGAGGAGGAGGAGGAGGAGGAGGCCAGAAUGUGGAGAACAAAGCCAAGCUGCCACAGUGGGACAAAGACUGGAACCUGCAGCCGAUGAAUGCACACGGACUGGUGGAUGAAUAUCUGGAAAUGGUUCUCCAGUUUGGCUUCACCACCAUUUUUGUAGCCGCUUUCCCUCUGGCUCCCCUCCUUGCUCUGCUUAACAACAUCAUUGAGAUUCGUCUGGAUGCCUACAAGUUUGUCACUCAGUGGAGGAGGCCCAUGCCAGCGCGGGCAACAGAUAUAGGUAUCUGGCAUGGGAUUCUGGAAGGUAUCGGCGUUCUGGCAGUCAUCACCAAUGCCUUCGUCAUCGCAAUAACCUCGGACUACAUCCCCCGCUUUGUUUACGCCUUCAAGUACGGCCCCUGUGUGGACAAGGGGCCCCACCAUUCAGAUGAGUGCCUGCAAGGCUACAUGAACAGCAGCCUGUCUUUUUUUGACAUGUCGGAGCUGACUAACGACAGCCAGUCCAGAUACUGCAGGUACAGAGACUACAGAGCGCCGCCUUGGAGCUCAGUGCCCUACGAGUUCACCCUGCAGUUCUGGCAUGUGUUGGCUGCCAGGCUGGCAUUCAUCAUCGUCUUUGAGCACCUGGUGUUCGGCAUCAAGUCCUUCAUAGCGUACCUCAUUCCGGACAUGCCGAAGGACCUCUGCGAUCGGAUGAGGAGGGAGAAGUACCUGAUGCAGGAGAUGAUGUAUGAGGCAGAACUGGAGCAUCUCCAGAAAGAGCGGAAAAAGAACGGGAGGCGUUAUCACCACGAGUGGCCUUAGCCUUAGCUACACCCCAAUGCAUCAACAACUCAUCACUCAGCCCUCAGCUCACAGACACCCCCCACCCCCCCUUUGCUUAUUUAUGUAUUUCAGCUUUGAGAGUCUAGCUUUGCGCUGCUGAUGGAUUCUCUGCACCAAAGACAUCCCGUUGAGAACCUCUCCCUGAACUAUUUCCGGAGAGCCUUGACUCCUCUACUCCUCGUUGUGUGAACCCCCCACCACCACCAUCCCCCGCCCCGCCCCACCUCCCGGCCUCCCUCAGCCAGCUCCAUCCAGCAGGUUGCCCUUGGAUCUGUGCCCUGUCAUGGCUUCAGUGGGGAAACCUUAGCAAUUGUAAUGUUUACUAUGCAGAUCAAAGGCUGCAGAUCGACCUCGCUCACUCUCAGCCCCAAGCCCUGCAGCCUCUCUCUGUGUGGCAGCUAGCACUUUGCUUUGACUCUGCAUGGCAGCGCGUUUCUUUCUCUAUAUCGUCGCCUUGGGCAGAGAUAUGUGUGCGCGUGGCUUUUAACAUUUACUUGUUGCCGAGUGACACUGGUGAUGUGGCUACCAAAUAAGACUGACACUGCGUAUUGCCCUUACAGCAUGUUCACUGACGUUCGCAGAUACUUCAUGGGCUGCGAAAGAAGACGGAAAAAAAAAAUCUGAGCUCAAUUCACUUGUUGUGAAGGGUGUUGACAUCCGUCCUGUGCAUUUGACAAAGAAAACCUAUAAAGUGCAUGGUUAAACCUGUUUUGUACCUUUUUGAUAGACAAACUCCUUGUUCUGAUGCCUGGUUCAUGUGAGCGCGUGUCGCGUGUUUAUCGAUGUGCUUCUGCCGAGCUUGGCUGUCCUGAGUUGAGGAAAUGCAAACUUUGAGACGUUUGUUUGUGCCUACAGCAUCAUCGUCAUCAUCAUCAUCAUCAUCAUCAUCAUCAUCAUCAUCAUCUCAGCAUCGCUGCAGUCCGCAGCUGCGUCACAAACAUCACGUGCGACCACGGUCGUCCAGCACAUGCUUUUUUUUCUUUUAAUCAGGAAAUAUUUUUUACGCUUUGUUUUUGCUUUAAGGUCCCUAAACUCUUCCCGAAGAGUUUGGUUUGUACACGAGUUACACCGCAGUACCUUCCAGGGUCUCAGCGUUGCGGCGACGGCACACGCUGCAUGUCGUAACCGGACUCCCGUCGUGAAUAAUGCGUGCGCUUGCGUCUGCUCUUCCGUUCGUCUCCCUGCAGUCUGUUUCUCAUUUGCCACUAGGAGCCAUGGAGUGUGGUUGAAACUCGGAUAUCUUGGAAAUACCUGCGGCUUGGAGAUUCAGUUCUGCAGACAGCGUCAGUAUGCUGUUCCUCGCUUGCGGAGCAUGAAAUGCACGCUUCUGUUCCAGUGUUUCAGAAAGCAGCCAGUCGACCACGGCCUCAGCUGCCUGCUGCAGAUGGGAAACUGGAAAAUUCUGACUUUGUUAGACGUGGUGUUUAGAUGUGUUCAAUUAAGAUGUUGUGUAUUUUAGCUGCAUGUUUCUUUCUGUUGAACUUGAGAAGUAAAAACUAGACUGAUUUUAGCCUGCUAGAGUUGGUCUGGGUUAGUCACUCAGUCACGCUACAACAAAGAAUUUAUGGGGCCUUGCAAAGACAUAUUUACGCCACCUAAUGUUGCAGCCUCCAUAUCAUACCGUGUUUACUUGAAAGGCACUUUAAAACAGCCACAGCUGAAAUAAAGUGCUGCACACAGCUGUAAGCUAUAAACCUACAUUAAAAGAAGAAAAUAUAUAUAAAUAUGACGUAAGACCCAUAAAAGACUAAACACGAGAAAAGCUAUUUAAAACAAACAAGGUCAAACUAAGUCUUGCUGGUGUUGAAAGCCAAGGAAUAAAAAUAGUCUCAACUUUACAAACCAACAUAAAAUCAUUCAUAAUUGUAAAGUGGAAAAAAAUGAUACAGUACAUGUGUUUCCUUUUUUUUAAUUAUAAAUCUGAGAAGUGUUGCAUGCGUUUGUGAUCGGUAUCCCAGAUUCCAGUGCAACCGAUUGCCUUCAGAAGUCCAUCUAUUUCGAAAGCUACUGUUGAAAGAAAGUCAUCCGAGGACAUGUUGGCUUUCUGCCUCGUGUCACGUGGGGGACAGAGCAAACAUUUGGUAUUGAGUGUUCAGAUCUCAUGAGAUCACCGCUGAACUUUUUGCUCUACGUGGAAAACGUGAUCUGUGUGAGAACCUUGAAAACAUCGUAGUCAUGGUGAAACAUGGCGAAGGCAGCAUCAGGCUUUGGGGAUGCUUUUCCUCAGCAGGGACAGGGAAGCUGGUCAGAGUUUAUGUAAAGAUGACUGGAGCUAAAUGCAGAAGUUUUAUGGGGGGGGGUGUUGGAUAGUCUUAAAGAGUUGAGCCUCCAAGCAGAACAUCUACCAUAAACAUGCAGCCAGAAAUAAAAUGGGACGGGCAGAAAUUUAAUUGUCUGGACGGUCGAAGUCGAUGGAGACCUGCCCGCUGUAUUUAGAUUCUACCAAGUAUUUACGUGGGUGCAGUGAAUAUAAAUGCAUGCUUUGUAUAUUUUUAUUUGUAAAAUACAUUUUGAAAAGGCAUCUUAUUAUAUUUUAUAUAUUCUUAUAUAUCUUCCACUUUGCAGUUAUGUGCCACUUUGUGUUGGCCUGACAGACAAAUUCCCCCCAAAGAAUGUUGUUGUUAAAAUGCAAAAUGUGAAAAAGUUUAAAGGGUGUGACUACUUUAGCAAGGCACUGUAUUAAUGUGAGGGUUGAGUGGUUCACACUGGUCUUAAGCAGUGUUAUGAACUGUUAGCAGGAAUUAAACAGGUGAAAGCAAGGAAUGUGACUGCCCUGUGUGCAUUGCACUGCGUUUCACAAGAUUUAUUUGAAUGUUCUUGUAGAUCUUUUUUUUUUUUUACUCAUCCAAUGUUUUUAUACUUUUUACUUUUGCACCAUCAACCCAGGUUUCCAUUUUCUCACACUCAGACAGACAGCGCAACGUCCACAUUUCUCAGGUGUCCGCUGAAUGUUUGCAGAUGAUCGGAUUUUUAUCAUGUUUUUUAAGAUUUCGGCUUCUUUGUUGUUGUUGUUUUUUAGCAAUAUACUGUUGUCCUGCAGGGGGCAACAAUAUAUUGCUAAAAAAAAGUUUUUAAUUCCAGCUGUUUCCUUUCACUGCUGCUGUUAGCUUUGUAACGUAGAUCAGAAAUGCCCUUUUUUUUUCUGUUGAGACCCUGCUGUCCAAAGCAGGUUGUUGGUUAAAAACUUGUGCUUUCAGGUCAUGUUUAUUAGUCCAAUGAUUCGCUGUUUUAUUCACACCUUCUAGUUUUUUACGAGUAUCUUCCCUGCUAUGUGAACACUGAAAAUCUAUGCAUGUUGUUAUCCUCGAGUGCUACUUUUCUUUUCAGCAGAAGCAGAUGUAAAUGCACCGGUACGGUCGUACUGUAGAGUAUGCAUGUCUUUAACUGCUGCUUUCAGCAGAGCCUACGUCUGUAGAGUUAUUAAACAUAUCACCUCUAUUUUUUUCAGUGUUGUUCGUUUUUGCAGUCGCGUCAGGAUUUUAUAUUGUUGGAGUAUCUCCCAAGUCACAGCUUUGGACUCUGCACUGUUCAACAUCAUCUGUCUGGGAAUUUCAAGGACAUUUAGAUGUGGAUUCUCAAACUUCCUCUGCUUGGAUGCUCAUUUGGCAAAUGUAAAGAUGUUUACCCAUGAACAGCUCAAGUGUUUUAUCUAAAGGCAAACGAGGGGGAUAUAAGGGUCUAAUAAUGACCCGGGAUGACCCUGUUACUAAUCAUUUCUAAAUGGAUCCUCAUCAGUUUACCUUCUCACCGGUACAAAUGCUGCACAGCGGUGGAAAGGUGCCUCUCCGGCCUUCUACCUUUGGCAAUAGCACAACAUGGGUGUUGUAUAACAAGUAAUAAUGGCGUGACCUUGCACAUGCCCGAUAACAUAGCAGUCUAUUCAGAUUCGGCUUCAUGUGGUAUGCUACGCCUCCUAACAAGAUCAUGCUUGAGCAACAAUGUAGUUGAUGUGGAAGCACAGUGACGUCAGCUCAUAGAUUUAACCAUAGUCGGGUGAUACGACUGUAUCGAUAACAUUGUUUACUUCAUUACUGUUUACAUGUACAAACAUUGAAAUGUAAAAAAAAAAAAUGUGUAAAAUACUUUGGAUAUCACUCUUUUGUGUAAUAAACCAUGGAUUGUAACUUUUAGAUCAA